AUGUGGGGGACCACGAGAGUGACGUGGAUAAAACGUGGUAAAGUAAACUGUCAGACAUUGGGACACUUGUGUAGAGAAGCGGCUGUAAAUGCUUACCCGACACUUAAAUUAUACGAUAAAUCCGCUAAAUCGGCAAAAGGCAUACCCGUCGAGGGCUUCGGUGCCAAAGAUAUCGUGCCUUUUGUUGAGAAUUUCUUAUCCGAUAGUUCACAAGAAGUAAAAGCGAGUAACCGGUCAGACGGGGUCUGGUAUAGUACUCUGGACUUUAUUAUCUCCCGGGCCGGGAAGGAACUCCUCAGUGCUCUGUCGGGUAACUGCGCUCUGGUCAAAGGAUCCGAUGGUCAGACUACCCGGUUUGGGGACUGA